GUGGGAAAAAGGAGUAAAUGGGGAUUUCACAAACUGUGCAAAAUGGGAACGAAAAUCUCACUGGACAGCGACACCGUACGACGACCCAUGGGUUCCUCUCCGUGAACACCCAAACCCAAACAUUAACCUUAACCAAACAAACCCUAAUUUUCGAUCUCUCCCUAAUUCUUUGUACCCUUCUCAUCCAUUCCUAAAUAAAAUCAAGAUCAAAAUUUAGCUACAAUUCUCAAAUAAAUUUCCCCGAUUAACCCUCGUGUUUCGCUGAAUUCUAUUUCUCUUUCAAUUUUUUCUCAGUAUUUAGCUGUCGCUUCUUUGUUAUUUUCGUCAUCCCGGCAGAUCAGGUUUUGAUUUUGCUUCUGUUCCAGCUUUGGAGGAUCCACAGUCUCUCUUUGAGUGAAUGGUUUACUUUAUUCUUGUAAGAUACUGAUAUAAAGGUAUGGGCAGCAGUGAGAUGGAUAAAACCCCAAAAGAGAAGGAGUCAAAGACGCCGCCACCUACAUCACAGGAGCAAUCUUCAACCACCAGCACUGGAGCAAUCAAUCCUGACUGGUCCGGCUUUCAGGCAUAUUCUCCUAUACCUCCGCAUGGGUUUUUGGCAUCAAGUCCCCAAGCUCACCCUUAUAUGUGGGGUGUCCAGCAUAUUAUGCCUCCCUAUGGUACUCCACCACAUCCCUAUGUUGCAAUGUAUCCCCAUGGCGGCAUAUAUGCUCAUCCAUCCAUGCCUCCGGGAUCUUAUCCUUUUAGUCCUUUUGCCAUGCCUUCUCCAAAUGGCAUUGCUGAGGCUUCAGGAAAUACUCCUGGCAGCAUGGAAGCUGAUGGUAAGCCUCCUGAGGUGAAGGAAAAAUUGCCAAUCAAAAGAUCAAAAGGAAGUUUGGGUAGUUUGAAUAUGAUCACCGGGAAAACUAAUGAACAUGGUAAAACACCAGGGACAUCUGCUAAUGGAAUUCAUUCAAAAAGUGGUGAAAGUGCAAGUGAGGGUACUAGCGAAGGAAGUGAUGCUAAUUCUCAGAAUGACUCCCAAUUGAAAUCAGGGGGCAGGCAGGAUUCUUUUGAAGAUGAACCAUCUCAAAAUGGCAGUUCUGCACAUACUCCUCAAAAUGGGGGACUAAAUACAUCUCAUUCAGUGGUCAAUCAAACUAUGUCUAUCAUACCUAUCUCUGCAGGUGGUGCUCCUGGAGCUGUUCCUGGUCCCACAACAAACUUAAACAUAGGAAUGGAUUAUUGGGGUACACCAACUUCAUCAAACAUUCCUGCACUGCGUGGAAAGGUUCCAUCUACUGCAGUUGCUGGAGGGAUGGUUACUACUGGAUCACGUGAUAGUGUUCAGUCACAACUCUGGCUACAGGAUGAAAGAGAGCUAAAAAGGCAAAGGCGGAAGCAGUCUAACAGGGAAUCUGCCCGCAGAUCCAGGUUGCGUAAGCAGGCUGAGUGUGAUGAGCUAGCUCAGCGUGCCGAGAUUUUGAAAGAAGAAAAUGCUUCUCUCCGGUCAGAAGUAAGUCGAAUCAGGAGUGAGUAUGAGCAGUUACUCUCUGAGAAUGCAGCUCUUAAGGAGAGACUUGGGGAACAACCUGGGAAUGAUGGUCUUAGGUCUAGCACUAAUGAUCAGCAUGUGGGUAAUGACACUCAACAGAGUGGGCUGACAGAGGCUGUGCAGGGUGGUCAUUAGCAUUACUUACCACUGAAUGCUGCAUUUCAGGGAGAUAACCUAACUUAAUAGCAAGAGCAACAUCUUGUUCCGGAUAGUUUCUAGUUCAAGUUGUAUUAAAGCUGACCAUUUAGUCUUAAGAGAUGUUUAUGCUCUAUGAUCCUUCAUUCCUAAUUUGCCUUUUUUUAACUCAUUCAAAUCAACCUGGAUUGUAUGUAGUGUGUGAAUUCUGUGUCGUGUGCAGCUUCAAAGUUAGUGUUCGCAUUGAGCAAUAUAGUUUAAUGAACCAGGGUGUUGUCCAUUACAUGGUUUCCUGUAUAAAUAAUUUAUCGUGAAAAUAAAGAAAAAAAAGGAAUAUUUAUGAAUUCUGUUUCAUGGCAAGCCUGCUAUCUAGUUGAAACGUAGCCUU